CUCCUCUCGUUUUUGCGUUUAGGCCCCUGGGGAAGCAGGGAUUCUGGCGACGGUCCCUCCCCCCGGCUCUCCCGCCUCGCGGCUCCGAUCGAGGCCGCAGCGUCAGUGCAGUUGCAUUAAUGGGAAACCAAUGCCAAAAUGGAACCUACGGGUACGGGAGCAAUUACAACAGCUACAACCACUUUCAGAAGGAGCCUCUGGCUUCUAGGCACUGUGAUGGGGACGAUACUGAGGGUUGCUACACAGGGCCAUCUAGACCGAGCAUAGCAGACCUUAUGCGACAAGGACUGAGGCAGACUUUAACGUCCAUCUCUGUUCUUGGUCGAGAGACUCCUAAUGUCACAGAGCAUUAUACCCUUGGCCGGCAGCUUGGAGAGGGUCUCACUGGGACCACCUACCUCUGCACCGAGACCAGCACUGGGUGUCAGUUCGCAUGCAAGUCCAUCCUGAAGACAAGGUUCCGGAACAUGCAAGAUGUUGAAGACGUGCGCCGUGAGGUCCAGAUAAUGCGCUACCUUUCAGGGCAAAAGGAUGUAGUCGCCAUCAAGGACGCGUACGAGGACGAGGAGGCCGUGCACAUUGUCAUGGAGCUCUGCGAAGGCGGCGAGCUGUAUGACCGGAUUAAGAAGGGGAACUACAGCGAGCAGAAGGCUGCACAUCUUAUAAGGACUAUUGUUGGCGUCAUAGAGAACUUCCAUUCACUUGGUGUCAUGCACCGGGAUCUUAAGCCAGAAAACUUCCUCUUACAGGAUAAAGACGAUGAUUUGUCGAUAAAAGUAAUCGACUUUGGUCUCUCCGUGUUCUUCAAACCAGGUGAGGUCUUUACUGAAACAGUCGGAAGCCCGUAUUAUAUUGCUCCAGAAGUAUUGCAGAAACAUUAUGGACCAGAGGCUGAUGUGUGGACAGCUGGAGUGAUACUCUAUGUACUGCUAAGUGGCGUGCCACCAUUUUGGGCAGAUACACAUGAAGGAGUACUUGACAAAGUGCGGAAUGGGCAUUUUGAUUUUGAAUCAGACCAGUGGCACAUGAUUUCGGACAGCGCAAAGGAUCUUAUAAGAAAAAUGCUCUGCCCUUGUCCAUCGGAGAGAUUGAAAGCCCAUGAAGUUCUAAAGCAUCCAUGGAUAUGUGAUAAUGGAGUGGCUACUCAUCAAACUCUGGAUCCAACUGUUCUUUCUCGUACCAAUAAAUUAUCUGCAGUGAAUAAAUCAAAGAAAUUGGCUCUACAGGUUAUUGCUAAGCAUCUUUCAGAAGAGGAGAUUGCUAGGUUAAGAGGAAUGUUCAAGGCAAUGGACAAUGGAAACAAUGUUGUGAUUACUUUGUCUGAGCUUAAAGAAGGUUUGAGCAAAUGCGGCUCAGUGUUUAGAAACAUUGAGAUUAGUGAUAUCGUGGAAGCGGAUGAUUAUGACGGCAACACCAAUAUCAACUGGGAAGAGUUUAUUGCUGUAACAGUGCCCCUAAAUAAAACAGAACACAAAGAACACUUGAUGGCGGCCUUAACAUAUUUCGACAAAGAUGGAGGUGAUUACAUCACUGUCGACGAGCUUCAAAAGGCUUCAGUGGAACACGAGAUGAAAAAUGCUUUCCUUGAGGACACCAUUUAUCAGGUUGAUCAGAACAAUGACGGCCAGACCAACUAUGGCGAGUUCGUCACAAUGAUGCAGAGCGACAGCUCUGGGCUUGGGUGGCAAACAAUGGAAAGCAGCAUGAACGUACCCCUGAGGGAGGCACCUGAAGUUUACUGAUGUCUCUGUCGGUGCAAAGAUACUGUUCUAUUUGGCUGCUUUCGUGGUGGUUCGUCAGUCACAGGUCACAACCAUCGGGCAAGGUUUGUGAACCGGGGAGAGGAGAAUGUAGUCUGAUUAGUCGAGGGCUAGUAGAAGGCUGCCUACUUCACAUCAUGCAGGUAGUGCAGGUGUGCUGUAUGAUCUAUAAGAACAGAGCUGCGGUCGCCAUAUAUGUAUCAGUGACUGGUUUGUUGGUUGCUAUGCUACCUUGCAAUCUAAUAGAUUAAAUACUAGCAGUAG